AUGACUACUAAAAUUAUUACUGGACUGGAAUUGUCUCAUGAAAUUGUUGCUAUUUUUGCCCCAAUGGAAGUGGACGCAGUUGUAGAGAGCUUUAAGGAGUUUGUGGGGGUUGCAGCCGCAAGGAACGCAGUUGAUACAAAUGCAAAGAGACUCAUCUUCGAUUUGAGCGAGCUGAGGCUGCACAACAGGGCAAUGGUUGACGCAUUGGUUACAGACCCAAUGGACGUCAUUCCGCUUCUACAGGAAAACCUGGAAAGUGACCUGAGACACGAGGUUCGUCUUGGAUUUGAAGGAGCCUUUGGAAGCAACUUCGUGACGCCUCGUACAAUGACAAGUGCCCAUAUCAGCAAAAUGGUCUGUUGCCAGGGAAUUGUGACCUCUGUUUCACUGGUGCGACCUAAAAUAGUCAAAUCCGUGCAUUAUGAGGCAACAAAAAAGACAUUUUACCAGAAGGUGUACAGGGACAGGACGAUGAUAAGCAAGCUGCCUCCGACUACUACGACGUAUCCAACGAUGUACGACAACAAUAUUCUGCAGUCAGAAUAUGGAUUAAGCGAGUAUAUGGAUUUUCAGACAUUUAUUCUACAGGAGAUGCCAGAGAAUGCGCCACCUGGUCAGCUGCCAAGAAGUGUCGAUUGUAUCAUCACUGAAGACCUCGUGGAUCAAAUCAAGCCAGGAGAUCGAGUCAAUGCCUAUGGAAUUUAUAAGGCAUUUUCAGAAGGUGAAGGUGAGUUUCCAACCAGAUUCAAAACAACAUUAAUUGUAAACCACCUUGAGAAGACCAAGAAGAAAGCAAAGAGGGAACAGAGCACAAUUGAGAGCAUUCAGAUGGUUGCUAAUUCAACAAUCAAGCUCAAUGCGGUGGCACCUACGAUAUUCGGACAUAAUGAAAUAAAGAAGGCUCUUGCAUUACAAAUGGUAGGUGGAAAUGAAAUUGUGUUGAAGAAUGGAACCAGAAUACGAGGAGACAUCAACAUUCUGCUUGUUGGAGACCCAAGUACAACCAAAAGCCAGUUACUCAGGUACGUGAUGAAUUUGAUGCCUCUUACGAUAGCAACAACUGGUCGUGGAUCAACAGGAGUAGGUCUGACUGCUGCAGUUGUGGUAGACAAGGAUACAGGCGAUAAGAGACUCGAAGCAGGCGCAAUGGUGCUAGGAGACAGGGGAAUUGUGUGCAUAGAUGAAUUUGACAAAAUGGACGAGUCAGAUCGAGUUGCAAUUCACGAGGUGAUGGAGCAGCAGACUGUGACAAUUGCAAAGGCUGGGAUUCAUACGACUCUCAAUGCAAGAUGUUCGGUGCUGGCUGCUGCUAAUCCAAUAUUUGGCUCGUAUAACGAUAAAAUAAGUCCACAGGAGAACGUGAGACUGCCUGAAUCCUUAAUGACUCGAUUUGACCUGGUUUUCAUCACAUUGGACAACCAGGGUGUUGAAAUCGACCAGCAGAUCGCUGAAUACGCACAGGGGCAUCGUUAUGGAAGAAGAUGA